AUGUCAAACUCAUCAGAUCUCGUAGAGCUUUCUGAUCACGAAAGCUCUCAGACAGUAGAACCAAUGCAAUCAUCAUCAAAAAUACAAACCACUCUAGAUAGUUACUCAUUUUAUGAGGGUAUUAUUGCAAGUGAAAAUUCUAGCCCGGAAGAAUCCAAUGAUGAUGAUAUUCAUGAAUAUGAAACAUCAGCAGAUGUAACUUCACGCUCUACU